AUGUCUCCUAUAACUCUCCUUACCAUUCUCUUCCUCAUCACAUCUCUCCAAACCCAAGCCUCCGUCCACAAUUACAAAAGCGAAACUUUCUCCGUCAAAGGCAACGCCUUUGUCGUCCAUGGAGGCAGCGAAGGAAUUUACUCAUCUACCCUCAACGAAACUUCCAUCACUUCAAUUCCCGACUCUUUCAUUAGGUUUGAUAAAGUCACAUUCCGUAGAAACAAGGAAUUAUCAAACUUUAGCUCAUGGCCGAUACAAGCGGUUGUUUUUGAAGUUGAGGAUAGAGAGAUGAUUGGUGGUUCGGCUUAUGGGGGUCAAAGGGCUGUUUGUUGCACUGGUGAUCUGGCUAAACUCGGUGUGUGCAAUGAAGGACAGGUCAUUCAUCGUCCAUCUACUGUGAAUUCGGAUUGGCCUCAAGUUUAUGGUGUCGCUUUUGAGAUGGACAAUGAAGUAGCAGAGCUUCCAUUGAAGUCUAUUCAAAUCACGAAAACCGGGAUGUACAAUUUGUAUUUCAUUCAUUGUGAUCCGAGGCUUAAGGAGUUGGUUGUUGAAGGGAAAACUGUAUGGAAGAAUCCGUCGGGUUAUCUACCGGGUAGAAUGGCACCUAUGAAGAUUUUCUUUCAGUUCAUGUCUUUUGCGUAUGUGUUGCUUGGUAUUUUUUGGUUCUUUCAAUAUCUUAGAUUUUGGAAGGAAGUGUUUCCACUGCAAAACUGCAUCACUCUAGUGAUAACACUAGGAAUGUUUGAGAUGGCUUUUUGGUACUUUGACUAUGCUGAGUUUAGCGAAACUGGAGUCAGGCCAACCGGGACGACUAUAUGGGCUGUUACGUUUGGAACUGUUAAGAGAACUAUUGCACGGUUGAUCAUCUUGAUUGUGUCAAUGGGCUACGGUGUUGUGAGACCGACUCUUGGAGGCCUUACAUCGAAGGUUGUUAUGCUUGGAGGAACCUUCUUUGUUGCAUCUCAAGUGCUUGAAUUGGUGGAACAUGUCGGCGCAAUAAGUGAUCUUUCUGGUAAAGCUAAACUUUUUUUGGUUCUUCCUGCCGCAGUUUUAGAUGUGUUCUUCAUUCUUUGGAUUUUCACUUCACUGUCUGCGACUUUAAAUAAACUUCAGGCAAGAAGGAUGAUGAUAAAAUUGGAUAUGUAUAGGAAGUUCACUAAUGCUUUGGCAGUAGCUGUGGUGGUAUCUGUGGGAUGGAUAUGUUAUGAGCUGUAUUUCAAAUCAAAUGAUAUAUACAAUGAGCAAUGGCAAAAUGCUUGGAUCAUCCCAGCCUUUUGGCAAGUUCUAUCCUACUCUCUCCUGUGUGUCAUUUGUGUUCUCUGGGCACCGUCUCAAAAUUCGACAAGAUACGCUUACCGUGAUGAUGGGAGCGAAGAGUUUGACAGGGAUGAUACUACUUUGACGCUCAUAAAACCAUCAUCUAUUUCAACAAAGGAUGUUAGAAGUGUUCCAGAUGUAAGACCAGGACAAGACAACAAUGGAACUUCAAAUGAUGAUUUAGAAGAAGAUAAAAGAGAAUAG